UCAUCGCUCACUUUCCACUCUUGUUCUAACUUUCUCUAGUCUCUUCAAAAUUCUAACUUCUCCCUUGUUCUCCGUCAUUGUCAUUCGCUCACGUCUCCAUCGUCAUAGUUUGUGCAGUCCAUCGCCCUCAUUGUUCCGACUUCUUAUGAAGGCCCACGAACACAGGUGGGCGGAUGACUUGUAAGCUAUCUGCUCGAUAUUCGGGCGGGGUCACCCCUCUACAAGAUGGGGACGGGGUCGAGGACCAAACUUGCCUUGCCCCCAUCUGGGGGUGCUGGCUACCCGCUUGCUAGGAGCGGGAAGUACCCCUAGAACAAAUGUAGGAAAAAAAAUAUUAUAGAAAAUAGAAGGAAGAAAAAAAGAGAAACCUAAACGCACAGUUUUGAAAGAAAAAUACUUUAAUCAUAUGAAUUACACGAAAACAUUCCUUUCAGUCGUGUGCCCAUGGAACCGGGACUCUGCUCCGUCUCCCACGUAUAAAACGAAGUCCACUUUCUUAGAUCCUCCAUGGCAGCCUCCCAUGAAUCAAAGUACUGCACAUACGCCACGAGGAGACAGAUUGAUAGACCGAGAGAUAAAGAGGAGCUCGAACAGAAAAAACAUGAAGGCCAACGCGACGACUUCGUCCGUGAAAUUCUCAGCAGAACCAGAACCUGAAGCAGAGGCAGAAGUCAGUCCCUCCUCCCCUUCCAUCUCAGCUCUUGAGGCACUUUCUGUACACCUGAUCUCUGGGCUGGGCCUGGGUCUGGCCCUUCUGCUGGCCAACAAUGUCUACUCCGUCAACCUCGUCUCUCACCCUUCUCUCACUCUCCUACUCAUCUCUGUUAUAGAGUGCCCAAUUGUGAUUCUUCUCUAUAGUCGGCACCGAAAGAAUCGUGAAGAAUGCUCGUACUUGAAAGCCGUGGGACGAGGGUUAGUUGGACUUCCUGUUGGGGCUCUAGUAAAUUCUUUGGGAGCUAUUGCAUUGGGCGCACCUGUUGGCACUCAAUACUUUUUAACGACCAUUUACUGGUCUCUGAUGAUGUCAUUGUUCACUAUUGUGCCUGCUGUUUCUGUAUUUGGUUCAUCGUGGAAGGACUGGCAACGGAUAUUUGCACAAACAAAUUGUCGGCCAAUUGGAUCUUUAGAUUUUAUGAUUUGCCUACCAGCACAUGGAGCUAUUAUUGGAGCUUGGCUUGGGGCUUGGCCAAUGCCGCUUGAUUGGGAAAGGCCAUGGAAUGGCCAAUUUGUGUGAGUUAUGGAGCAAUGGCUGGGUACCUAGUUGCCAUAGUGGUGUCGUUCAGCCUUAUCCUUGUGCGUGCAAGUUUUCAGCAUGACAAACGAGACUAACAAGCAAGUCUUCUAUUAUUGCUACCUUAAAAGGAAAAUAUAUGCAUUUCUGGAAAUGUUUAUUUUUACUCUGACAGGCUAUACUUUUUAGUUUUUUCCCUUGAGAGUUAUUACAUUUCCACUGUACUAGGUUGCAAAGCAGUGAAAAUUAUAGAGAUAAAGAUAGUUUGUGGUGUAUAAAAGCCUGCUGUAGCAUAUUUGUCAAUUUUGCCAUCUUAUAAGCGUAUUAGAUAAGCAAAUGUGAGCUUAGUCAUGGACUUGACUUUUCACAGAA